UUCCGAGCGCGAUCCCGGUGGCCCAGCCGUGGGUGUGGAAGGGGAGGACCGAGAGAAUCACAGGCACACACCCGAGACGGGAAGAAACUAACCAGGCACCAUGCGCGAGAUAGUGCACAUCCAGGCGGGCCAGUGUGGCAACCAGAUCGGCGCCAAGUUUUGGGAGGUCAUCAGUGAUGAGCAUGGCAUCGACCCCACUGGCAGUUACCAUGGCGACAGUGAUUUGCAGCUGGAGAGAAUCAAUGUGUACUACAAUGAAGCUACUGGAAACAAAUAUGUACCUCGGGCCAUCCUGGUGGACCUGGAGCCAGGCACCAUGGACUCAGUCAGGUCCGGACCUUUUGGUCAGAUCUUCAGGCCAGACAACUUCGUGUUUGGCCAGAGCGGGGCCGGCAAUAACUGGGCCAAGGGCCACUACACAGAGGGAGCCGAGCUGGUCGACUCUGUCCUCGAUGUGGUGAGGAAAGAGUCAGAAAGCUGUGACUGUCUCCAGGGCUUCCAGCUGACCCACUCUCUGGGAGGUGGCACCGGGUCAGGCAUGGGCACCCUGCUCAUCAGCAAGAUCAGAGAAGAGUACCCAGACCGCAUCAUGAACACCUUCAGCGUCAUGCCCUCACCCAAGGUGUCAGACACUGUGGUGGAGCCCUACAAUGCCACACUAUCUGUCCACCAGCUGGUAGAAAACACAGAUGAGACCUACUGCAUCGACAACGAGGCCCUGUAUGACAUCUGCUUCCGCACCUUGAAGCUGACCACGCCCACCUAUGGAGACCUCAACCACCUGGUGUCAGCCACCAUGAGUGGGGUCACCACCUGCCUGCGCUUCCCAGGCCAGCUGAACGCAGACCUGCGCAAGCUGGCCGUGAACAUGGUGCCCUUCCCCCGCCUGCACUUCUUCAUGCCAGGCUUUGCCCCCCUGACCAGCCGGGGCAGCCAGCAGUACCGGGCCCUCACAGUGCCCGAGCUCACCCAGCAGAUGUUCGACUCCAAGAACAUGAUGGCUGCAUGCGACCCCCGCCACGGCCGCUACCUGACGGUGGCUGCCAUCUUCCGAGGCCGCAUGUCCAUGAAGGAGGUGGACGAGCAGAUGCUCAAUGUGCAGAACAAGAACAGCAGCUACUUCGUGGAGUGGAUCCCCAACAACGUGAAGACGGCUGUGUGUGACAUCCCCCCGCGUGGCCUCAAGAUGUCGGCCACCUUCAUUGGCAACAGCACGGCCAUCCAAGAGCUGUUCAAGCGCAUCUCCGAGCAGUUCACGGCCAUGUUCCGGCGCAAGGCCUUCCUGCACUGGUACACCGGUGAGGGCAUGGACGAGAUGGAGUUCACUGAGGCUGAGAGCAACAUGAAUGACCUGGUGUCUGAGUACCAGCAGUACCAGGAUGCCACUGCUGAUGAACAGGGGGAGUUUGAGGAGGAGGAGGGUGAAGAUGAGGCUUAAAUUCACGACUUGAAGCAGUUUAGGUAAAGCUGAUGAGAAAAGCGAGGGGGUGGGGGGCUUACCUGUGAAAAUACCUUGGCAGUUGAAGGAAGGAAGCAUGGUCUACCUUAGCUGUGUGCGCUGGGUCUCUGGUGCUCUUCACUGUUGCCUGUCACUUUUUUUUUCUUUUGUAAUAUUGAUGACAUAGAUGUAACAUUUGAGAUAUUUCUGAGCUCCUGUUGUAAUGGCUAAAACCACAUAAACAUUUGUGUCCUGA